AUGUCUGUCGCAUCCCACGCCGGCUCGAAGCGUCUGCUGCACGGCGAGGGGGCGGCGCUGGGCGAAGUCUCCCCGCUCGCAGGCAAGCGGGGGCGGUGGACAGGAGAGCAGGAGUAUGGCAACGACGUGGAUGCGGCGAUCAAGCGGCUGAACGAGCUCCAGCUGGGCGGUGCGCGGGAGGCGGCCCCCUCGGGGACCGCCCCCGCCUUCAUCCCCGGCGACCGCCCGACGCCCGGGCAGGAGCAGCAGGGGCAGGGGGCGGGCGGCUUGCCCAGCGCGCCGCCCUCCCCCACGGCCCACUCCGCCGCCGAGUGGGUGGAGGAGGUGGUCCGCGAGAUGACCGCGGCGCGGUCGGUGGAGGAUGCCCGGGCCCGGGCGGCGCGCGUGCUGGAGGCCUUCGAGCGGGGCGUGAUCCUGCACGCCGCCAAGCAGGACGGGGCCAGCCCCACCACGCGGCUCCGGGCGCAGCUGCAGGAGGCGGGGCGCGAGAAUGCGCUGCUCAAACGCGCCGUGCUGCAGGUGCAGAACUACUCGCUGCAGGUGCACCUGCAGGCGGCUGCGGGGUCCCCGCCCGACGCCGCCGGCGGGGCCUUCCGCAACCCGGACGUGUUCUGA